AUGGGUGCAAGGCAGACGAAGAGAACCCUUUUGAAAGUCAUCAUUCUGGGGGACUCAGGCGUUGGUAAAACAUCACUGAUGAACCAGUAUGUCAACAAGAAGUUUUCCAGCCAGUACAAGGCUACCAUCGGGGCCGACUUCCUUACUAAAGAGGUCCAGGUCGACGAUCGGCUGGUGACCAUGCAGAUAUGGGAUACGGCUGGACAGGAACGCUUCCAGAGCCUGGGUGUGGCAUUCUACCGUGGAGCUGACUGCUGCGUGCUGGUGUACGAUGUGAACUCGCAGAAGACCUUCGAGAACUUGGAUAACUGGAGGGAUGAGUUUCUGAUACAGGCGAGUCCAUCCAACCCAGACAACUUCCCUUUUGUGGUCUUGGGCAACAAGGUGGACAUGGAUGAAGGUCGCAGUCGGGUGGUGACAGAGAAGAAGGCCAAGCAGUGGUGCACAGCCAAGGGCGGCAUUCCCUACUUUGAGACAUCUGCAAAGGAGGACCUGAACGUGGACAGCGCGUUCCAGUGCAUAGCCCGCAACGCCCUUAAAAACGAGACCGAGGAAGAGCUGUACAUGCCAGACACAGUCGACAUGAAUGCACAGGCCAUCCCCAAGCGGAACAGCUCCUGCUGCUGAAUGCUGUACUCAAAGUCUCAGCAGAAAUUCCACACAUUCUAUUAUUUGCUAUCUGGUGCAGCAAUCAGCCUCUUACUGUAUCCUUGUAGAGAUUAGCCUGCAUGACCAUGCAUGUAUUUGUAGCAUAUCUGUCUGGGUGGCCGCCUUAGUUGUGAUUGAGAUGUCAUAGCAGGCAUUGCUGCCCUGUUGAAUGCUCUUGAAAGUACUCUGACGCCUGCCCCUGAAUUUGUUGGGUGUCAGUUGGGUGCUUGUGGGAAACUGGCCUGGUUGUUUGUAUUGGCCUAGGUUGUGCCUGCAAUAGGCUGUACACUGCCACACAAGCUGCAGUCAACUGUGAUGUCAACAAGAUUGUGCCUGUCUGUUGGACAAAGGCAGCCCUCCAAUGUGUACUUGGGAGGCUGAUAUCUCCCAAAAGUUUUUAUGUAAUCGGACCUGCCAGG